AAAAAGGUUGUGUAAAAAAAAAUUAAUUUAAGACUAAAAAAAAAUAAUUAAAAAAAAAUUAAAAAUGUCUUCGAUAUCAGCACAAGGAGUAGUUGAGCGUGCCUCGGCAGAACUCUCAAAACGCAUCAACGGUCUCGGUUUACGUUCGAAGCAUCAUCACAGCAACAGCAGCUCAAGUAACGGCAGUAACAGCGGCAGCGGCGGCAAAACGAGCGUCAUGGAACGCGUAACGAACGUCUUGUGCGGCGGUUCGAGCAACAAUCACAACAACAUAAACUCCUCUGACAAACCGUCCAAACUGACAGGGAAGCAACAACAGCAAAUUAGCAAAAUAACCGGCGGCGGAAGCAUAAUUGGGCCCAGCAACGGGCCCUCACUGAAUUUAUCUAAUAACGUCAUCGGCAAUAGUGGCAGCGGCAUCGGGAGUAAUCAUUCGACGCCAAAUCUCCUCCGAAAAAUGAAUCAUCAUCACACGCCGCAGCAUCACAGUCCCAUGAUGGGAUACAAACAGCAAGUUUAUGUGCCGCCGCCGCCCGUGACAGUCGAGCAAUUACUCUAUGACGAACGAUUUUUGUCGAAAUUCUUCUUGUAUUUCAAUGCGGUCGAGCGACGGACACUCGCACAGGUUUGCGUUCGAUGGAGAGACUUGCUCUACAGGUCACCGCGUUACUGGAACGGACUUUUGCCUGUGAUACAAUGUCGUGAAUUUCGGCAAUGCUCGAAUCAGGAUCGGGUCAAGCUGUAUAACUCGCUGAUACGAAGGGGAUUUCAUGCGAUAAGUUUGUUCGGGGCGACAGAUGAAGAUGCUUUAGAUUUAGUUCAUUCGUUUCCGCUGGCGUCGAAACACGUGCACAUCAUUAGUUUGCGAUGCUCUUCCAUCAGUGAUCGGGGACUCGAGGCGCUGCUGGAUCAUUUACAGUCAUUAUUUGAAUUAGAACUUGCUGGUUGCAAUGAAAUAACGGAAGCCGGGCUGUGGGCUUGUCUAACACCGCGAAUCGUUUCCUUAUCGCUGGCGGACUGUAUAAAUGUUGCGGACGAAGCUGUGGGUGCCGUUGCUCAACUACUUCCCUCCUUGUACGAAUUUUCGCUGCAGGCAUACCAUGUAACAGAUGCGGCAUUAGGCUAUUUUUCACCUAAACAAAGUCACAGUUUAAGCAUUCUAAGGUUACAAUCGUGCUGGGAACUCACGAACCAUGGCGUCGUUAAUAUCGUUCAUUCGCUGCCACAUUUAACCGUGCUGUCGCUAAGUGGAUGCAGCAAAGUAACAGAUGACGGCGUCGAAUUAAUCGCAGAAAAUUUACAAAAACUACGUGCGCUCGAUUUGUCAUGGUGUCCGAGAAUCACAGAUGCCGCGCUCGAGUAUAUCGCUUGUGAUCUGAAUCAAUUGGAGGAAUUAACGUUAGAUCGAUGCGUUCACAUCACGGACAUCGGUGUCGGUUACAUUUCAACUAUGCUGUCGUUAACUGCACUUUUUAUGCGAUGGUGCACGCAGAUACGAGACUUUGGCUUGCAACACUUGUGCUCGAUGCGAAACUUGCAGGUUUUAUCGCUCGCCGGAUGCCCGCAACUUACCUCAAGUGGGCUUUCGAGUUUGAUUCAGUUGCGACACUUGCAGGAACUCGAACUCACCAAUUGCCCGGGAUCGUCGCAGGAGCUGUUCGAAUAUUUGCGGGAACAUUUGCCGCGAUGCUUGAUUAUUGAAUAA